AUGAAGUUCGGCGAAAAAUUGCGCGUGGAGGGGCUGAGGGAGUGGAGAUACGCGUACAUCGCGUAUGGGCCCCUCAAGAGGCAACUCGAUGUUAUCAUGGACGCCGCCGACGAACAGACACAAGAAGAGAACCAAACUGAAGUGGCUCGGCAUCGAGUGGAUCAAUUGAAAAUGAUGUUUCAGCGGCACUUGGACUCUGAGAUCGUCAAGGUCAUUGACUUCUACACAGUCAUGCUUUCAUCGGUCCAAGAUAUGGUUGACCGCUUGCAGGAGGAGCACGAUGACAUUCUUUCAAGAAUCAGGGCUCCUGACUUGCCAACGCGGUCAAAAUUGGGCUUGAUCGAGGUCCGGCAGGAAAAAUGGCGGGCGGCAGCUCGGACGGCGAUGAGCCUGUUCGAGUACAUCACCUUGAACAUGCAGGCGCUGCGGAAGAUUGUGAAGAAGAUGGUGAAGAAAGUGAAUCCCCUGCUUCCUUCCGAUUUUGUGGACACUGAGAACGUGUUUGAGAUCGAGCACCCAACGGAACCUGAGACGAAACUGGUGCAAGCAACAUUCCUCACAGAUGAGGAGAUCAGGCGCAUGGAGGCGAUGAAAGAACACAAGGAGCUCAAGGAGGUCCAUCAAGACAUUCGAACCGCACUUGGGCAGCUUCAGAGUUGGAUGAACUGGCUGAACGACACAGCGGGGUGCUCAAACAGCCCACUGGACCAGAUCACCCUGGCAAACAACGAGCUGUACGAGUCGCUAUUUGAGCCUGGAAGCCUGGGGUCCACGAUUGAGGCCCCACGUGCUGGAAGGGACAACCUGCCAUGGAAUCAGGUUGCCUCUAAUGUGAGCGAGUUCGAGCCAGUGCUGAGAGAACUUAGGCUGGCCACCAUCAAGGCAACAAACAGUGCACGGCUCAUCUCUGUGACAAGAGAUUGGUUUGAAAGCCAGGCCGGAAUUUUCGAGAUGCCUCCAUCACCAGACGCCGCCAUCGCAACGUCCCUUGGUCUCUUCCUAAAUCUAGUCGACACAUUUCUGUACAUGGCCAACUACAACCUUGUCAUCCCCCUCAACAACCAGUUCUGCGAGCAACUCGGCGUCAGCCACUCUGUGGGGGGCAUCAUAGUUGGUGCAGCUGAUGUGACAGCCAUGAUCUCCGCUGUCAACUUCAGCAUGUGGACCAACUCCAGCUUCAGGAAGCCCCUCAUCUUCAGCGGGGCAGUCCUGAUGGUGAGCAACAUCUUGUACAGCCUGGCAUAUGACUUUUGGGGCCUGCCCCUGUUGGUCGCUGCCCGCCUUGUGACCGGGCUGGGCAAUGCUCGGGCGCUGAAUCGGCGAUACAUCGCCGACUAUGUGACGAAGGAGAAUCGAACGAGGGCCAGUGCAGCCUUCGUCGGUGCCAGCUGCCUGGGCAUGGCCACUGGCCCCUUCCUCUCUCUCCCUCUCAGCUUCAUCCCCCACCUCAAAUUCUUGGGGCUCACGAUCGACAACGUCACCGUGGCUGGCUGGCUCAUGGCUGCAGUCUGGGGCCUGUUCCUCCUCAUCGCAGUACCCUUCUUCUCAGAGCCCAAAGCAAAGGCCGAGGCCCUGCCACAGCACCAGAGGAAUGGCGGCAAAGACAGGGUGUACGACUCGCCGGUGUUGUCGACCGCGAGGGCGCCCCUGCUGCACGCCGUGGAGGAGAACGGGAAGAUGGAGGAUCGGGACGGGAGGCACGACAGUUUGAUGGGGGCGGUAGACGGCCGCAGGUCCAAGAAGUUCAACAUGUGGGUCGAUCCGCACUGGAUGCCCACCAUCGCCACGAUCCUGCUGCUGUUCCUGUUGAAAGUGCUCCAGCAGGGCGCCGUGUCCAGCUUCCCCAUCUACGGCGACCACUACCAGUGGACCGACAAGCAGAUCGGCAUGUUCCUGGCCGCCAUGGGCAUCUUCGUCCUCCCGGUCAACUUCUUCGUGGGCGCCCUCUCCUACCGCAUCCUGGACCGCGAGCUCUGCUCCAUCUCCCUCUCCCUCUGCCUGCUGGGCUCCGUGCUCGUCUACUCCACCCACACUUACCACUUCAUCGCCACGUGGAGGUACUUCACGGGCUUCUCGGUGAUCUACGUGGCGACCAUAGUGCUCGAGGGGGCGGCCAUGUCUCUGAUGUCCAAGGUCAUCCACCCUUCGUGGGCCAGGGGCACUUUCAACGCGGGGCUGCUCGCAACGGAGGCGGGGUCCCUGGGGCGUCUGUUUGGCAACGCCUUCGUGACGAUCAUCGGGGGGGCCGUGGGGGUGAGCACGGUGGCUGAGGUGGUGAUCUUUGGGGACGUCAACUACGGCGUCUUUGGCAUCCUGACGCUGUGCGUCAUGGCAUUCACGAUGAUGGUGUACGGCAAACUUGCCGUGUGA